AUGAGCCGCUGGCUGUGCGUCCUGGGCCUGCACCUGCACCUGCUGCUGCUGCUGCCUGCGGCCGGGGCCUGCCCGGCCCGCUGCGAGUGCAGCGCCCCGACGCGCGCGGUGGCCUGCGAGCUCAGCCGCAACCGCCUCCGCUGUCUCAACCCGGGCGACCUGGCCGCCCUGCCGUGGCUGGAGGAGCUGGACCUGAGCGACAACGUGAUCGCGCACCUGGAGCCCGGCGCCUUCGCCGCCCUGUCCCGCUUGCGCGUGCUGCGCCUCCGCGGCAACCAGCUCAAGCUCAUCCCGCCGGGGGUCUUCGGGCGCCUGGACAACCUCACGCUGCUGGACCUGAGCGAGAACAGGCUGGUCGUCCUCCUGGACGACACCUUCCAAGACCUGCGCAGCCUGCGCCGGCUCGAGGUGGGCGACAACGACCUGGUGUUCAUCGCGCGCCGGGCCUUCGCGGGGCUGCUGGCCCUGGAGGAGCUGACCCUGGAGCGCUGCAACCUCACGGCGCUGUCCGGGGAGUCUCUCGGCCACCUGCGGGGCCUGGGCGCCCUGCGGCUGCGACACCUGCCCGUCGCUGCCCUGGAGGACCAGAACUUCGAGAAGCUCCCGGGGCUGCUGCACCUGGAGAUCGACCACUGGCCGCUGCUGGAGGAGGUGGCCGCGGGCAGCCUGCAGGGCCUCAACCUGACGUCGCUGUCCGUCACCCACACCAACAUCACCGCCGUGCCGGCUGCCGCGCUGCGACACCAGGCGCACCUGGCCUGCCUCGACCUGUCGCACAACCCCAUCAGCGCGGUGCCGCGCGGGUCCUUCCGGGGCCUGGUCCGCCUGCGCGAGCUGCACCUGGCCGGGGCCCUGCUGGCCGUGGUGGAGCCGCAGGCCUUCGCGGGGCUGCGCCAGCUCCGGCUGCUCAACCUGUCCAGCAACCUGCUGUCCACGCUGGAGGAGAACGCCUUCCAGUCGGUGCACACGCUGGAGACGCUGCGCCUGGACGGGAACCCGCUGGCCUGCGACUGUCGCCUGCUCUGGGUCGCGCAGCGCCGCAAGACGCUCAACUUCGACGGGCGGCUGCCGGCCUGCCCCAGCAACGACACCUACUUCGCCACGCUGACCGUGCGGCCCGAGCCGGCCACCAACCGGACCCCGGGCGACGGCCGCAACGUCACGCAGGCGGCCGCGCGCUCCCCGCUGGACCUCACCGCCGUCCUGGUGUCCACGGCCAUGGGCUGCAUCACCUUCCUCGGCGUCGUCCUCUUCUGCUUCCUGCUGCUGUUCCUGUGGAGCCGCGGCCGAGGCCAGCACAAGAACAACUUCUCCGUCGAGUACUCCUUCCGCAAGGCAGACGGGCCGGUGGCCGCGGCCGGCCAGGGCGGCGCGCGCAAGUUCAACAUGAAGAUGAUCUGACGGUCCCAGAGGCCCCGGGCCCGCCCAGGAUCUCCACCUGUGCACCCUCCAGACGCGCAGAAGGUCCCCUUCUUUGUAGACCCCCAACCCCUGGACUGUUUUUCAUGAGGACGCAUUUUUUUUUUUUUUUUUUUGCAGUUUCUCAAGCGUUUUCUAGAGAUUUCCACCCAUCUUCCUGCCCCUGCUGUGGUGGCCGAGGUAGGGGUGCGGGUCGGGUGGAGGGAUGGGUGAGCAGUCGAGGCUCCCUUCCAGCAACCUAGGAUGCUGGGGGUCUCGGAGACCCCAGGGUCCUCACGGCCCACAGUUCACACCCAGGAGGUCCACGCCGCUGCCGCACACACACAACUCACACGCGGGAGAGACCGUCUACACCCAGACCCCUCGAAGAGCACCCCAGCCCCAAGGGGAGAUGCACAGAGAGUCUGUCCUGUUCACACUCGGACGUCCCAUGCCUCACACCUGGGACACACCCAGGACACACUCACACCUGGAAUAUGCAUUAGCUCUCAACAGGGACACACAGGGCACCCCCAGCUGACACUAAAACCAGGCUCUGGCUCUAGAGCGAACCACAGCAUUGUGCAGAGCUCUCGUGAGAGCACAACUCACACCCAGGAC